AUCUAACUGCGAAAAUCUAGGGUUUUGCCAUUGUCCGAUGCUCUUGAGCUUUUAGGGAGGAAAUUAGAGGUCGAAGAUGAGUGCAAGGGUUCUACCAUUGUCAACUGUGAAGGUUUUGCCAUUGAUGCCUGUGAGGUUGGAGAAGAGUGGGGUCGAAAUGGCGUUUUAUAGAGGAGAAGGAGACCCAGUACCCGAUUAUGGUAAGGGUUUUUUAACUUUUAAUUUUUGGUACUUUCCAGCUAAAAUAGGGUCUGAAGUGUUAAAAAAGACAUCACCCAUUACUUUAUUCAAGAAAUGUAAAAGGAAAAUGACGUUUUUUUUUCACGUAUAACAUGAUUACAUGGUUUCUUAGUCAAUAUUGUUUGGUUAAAGCUGGUGGUUGGAUGCAUUAAAGGAAACUUAUGGGCAAUUUCUAUAUGUGCACACACCACAAGUGGGGUCCAUUUGUUUUUGUAUUUAGUGGCACUAUAGAAUUUGAUUUCCACUUUCAGUAAAAUAUUUUUUACUUAACCUUGUUCUGAUUUGUUUGCUUCCUCUGUGAUGUGUUAUGUUGUUUGUUUGAUUAAUGGAAUUGGAUAUGUGAUAAUAGUAGUUUCUUCAUGUUGAAAAUGCAUCAUGGGGGUAUGUUUUUACACUAUUUGGUAAUAAAAAGUAUGAGGGUGGGAGAGUAAGUUAUUUUGACUGGAUUGACAAUGAUACAUUCAGUAGGGUGCAAAUUGAGGGAUUUUCCAUCAACAUAGGAUACAAGAUCCCUUUUGGUAUUUUGUAUAAGCCAAAAUAUGCACAUUUGAACACAAGGAGGAUAAUUUUAGGGGAUACACAAAUUAAACAAAAUUUAGAAGAAAUUUCUAUAAAGAAGUUCUUAGAAUGUCUGUGUAUUUGGCCCUGCCAGAGAUGACUUUUGAGUUGGAAUGGAGUAAGGAUCCAACUACUAUUCAUCACAUACUAGAGCCAUCAAGACAAAAGUUAAGGAAAUGUGUGACUGAGGAGCUUCCACCCGAUUCUAAUGUUGUGGUUGAUGUGGUGGGCAUACCAGAAGACAUGACCAAGAACAAGGGAAAAUGUAAAGAGCCUGAGAUGGUGAUUAUAAGCUCAAGUGAUGAAUCAAAUAGUGAGGGAUUAAGUGAGAAUGAUGACAGUGAUGAAGAAGGGAUUGCUUAUGCAGUAUGUGAGAAAGAAAAUACUGAAACUUGGAAGUGGUUCCUGAAUCUUUUGAAGACAAAUCUGGAUAUAGAAAGGCUAGAGGUGUAUACCAUGAUGAAUGAUAGGCAGAAAGAUUUGGAAAAUGUAGUGGGGUCAGUUUUCAAUGGAGUAGAUGUUAAAUUUUGUGUUAGGCACCUCCACUCCAAUUUUAAAAAAGACCAUUCGGGCCUACUCAUGAAGCAAUUCUUUGGGCAGCAGCAAGGUCAACAACAAUUCCUGAGUUUCAAAGAAGAAUGAGAGAACUUUGGGACAUUAAUCUAUCUGCCUACAACUGGUUGGCUGCAAACCAGCCAAGUGAGUGAAUUAAGUCUCACUUCCGUGAAGGUCUAAAAUGUGAUGUCCUCCUCAACAUCUGUGUGAAUCAUUCAACACUGCAAUAAUUGAUGCUAGAGAUAAGUCUAUCAUAACUCUGUUCGAAAAAAAAUAAGGUAUUGGCUUAUGUGUCAUUUUUGUAAAAAGAUGGAGAGUGUGACCAAGUUGAUUCACCCUCUUGGGAAUUUUUUUUUGGAGAUAGUGGAAAGGAAUAAAUAGGUUGUCUAGAACUGCUUGACUAGAGGAGUUGCUGCCCACAAGUUCCAAAUUGAUUGCCCAGGGAAUGUGAGCUACACAGUUGACUUGGUAACUAAAUGUUGCACUUGCUGGAGGUACCGAUUGAGUGGUAUCCCUUAUGGCCAUGCACUUGCAUGUAUAUGGGUUGGGUAGCAUGCCACAAUGUUAUGUAGUAUAUUCAGGAAUUUUACCAAAAAGAUAAGUUUGAGAAGGCUUACGAGGUCAUAAUUGAGCAUAUGCCAAGUCCUGACUUCUGGCCUGAGAUUGGGCUAAAUCCGAUUCACCCACCUAUUGAGAGUAAUAUGCGAGGGAGACAAAGAAAAUCAAGGAGAAGGGAAGUUGAUGAACCUCCACCAGGUGCUACCAAGAAUCGGAGAUUUGGAUAAGUGCACAAGUGUGGGAAUUGUGGACAACCUGGCCACACUACUAAAAAAUGUGGUAAUCCAGCAUCUGCUCAGGUACCUAUUCAAACCAAGAAAAAAGAAAGACCGCCAUCGACCAACCCCAUUGAACAAAACAAGAAAAUGAAGGAGAGGUUGAGGAAGCCGAAAGAAAGGAAAAAAUGGUGAGGGGUCUUCAUAGGGAGGUGUUCGUACUAGGUCUUCACAGGGAGGUGGAAGAAGUGUGUAGACAUCCAACAAUUUGCUUUUGAAUGAAUUUGAGGAAUUUUUUUGUCAAAACUUUUGCACCAAACUUUUUUUGCUCUUGAUAUCAUGUAUAUAUAAGUUGUCCACAUUUUGGAUGCAUUAAGUUAGAUACUAAAUUAAUGCAAGUGGCUAUGUAGUGUUAUGUUCCCUAUUUUGAGAUUGCUAUAAAACUCAAAUGGUAUGUAUUUAGCCUUAUGAUCCUAUUAUUGAACACA